AUGUCAAGCAACAAGCCGAACCCGUUUGCCGCGCCAUACGAGAUCCGCCAUGGCCCCAGAUACCACAAAUGUGGUGAGCUCGAGCGCCAUGAGAUCCUUCAUUGUUUGCGGGGGCACCUAGAGAGUUCGCAUCGCGUGCGACUGGUGUACGGCCAAAUACGCCGUCCUUACGAACCGUCCAUCGAGCAUCUGCCGAAUCUUCCUCCAUUCAAGGACUCUGGGCAUGCUAUCCCGCCCGCGAGCUUCUGGAACAAAUCCUUUCCAGUAUACAAUAUCGGUGGAGAUAAAGUCAUGAGACACCUGCUCGAGAUUCUCCUCGUCGUGCUUCAUCGAUACCUAUACCGCCGCUGGUUUCGCCCAUACCGAAGUAACAUUGAGCACGACCAGUUCAUCGCAAAAGUCAUGACCAUUCACGGCCAAGCGGAUACCCACGAUGAUGCCUUACUCGUGCGCUUGGCCACGUCCAUGAACAAAGCUGUGUGCGCUCGCGUCGACGAGACGUGGCAUGCAGCCGACGAAGCGGCAAGGGAUCCCAGUCCGGAAACCUCAACAUGCGUGGAAGCUCUCGGUUUCAUGGGAAUGGGGCGUCUUGGACAUCUCAAGUACUAUUCCCUUCGGCCACUCUUCAGGGCCGUCAUAAUCGUCAUCCGCGGCCGCGACUAUGGCAACUGCAAACGCAUCUCCAAGAUUGAGCAGAUGCCCGUCAUGGUCAUCCUCACGGGACACACCGCUGGCCUCAGCGCACCCAUCAGUUUUGACCAGAUGGCGGACAAGGCGGACGUCGUUGAGUACGAAGACGGCCAGGCCGCCAGCACAACGCUCGAGACGGCCGUCAACUUCAUGAUGGCGUUGGAGGCGCGCGAGGAGGCAGCCUUUGGCGAACAACCGGAUCCAGUCGCGUCAACUGCGUACCCCGAUGGCCCAGAUCUCUACAACGAGAUGUGGUUCCCCGCGUACGCUCGUGCAAUGGGCUGGGGAGGCUGGGACGAGCACCCGGUGUUUACGGGACCAAGCUCUCGGUGGGUCAGUCUGGUCAAGUAUCCCAAUUGGACCGGGCAUGGCGCAGGGACAGACGGGAGAAUGAUGGAGUUGAUGGAGAGGGGUGCAUACCGCAUGCAUUUGAACUGGGGAUGUACGUGCGAGCAGGAGUCACAGGCCGAUGACCAGGACGGGCAUGAUGGCACAGAUCGCGCCCCUGCUUCGGAACCCGUUGCGGGAGAGACUGGCAAAGCGGCAGAGGACCAGGCAAUCCAGCCCUUGGUAUAA